CCCUCCCUCCCGUAUGAGUCAGGCGUUUCCCCGGGAUCAGGAGCGCGAGCAGCGGCUGCUGGAGCCCAAGCCGUAGCAGCCUCGCGGCGGAGGCGGCGGCGGCCCUAGCAGCGCGCCCGGCCCGGCCCGGCCCGGCCCCGGCGCGGCCCGGCCGCCGGACCAUGGAUAAGGCGGCCGCGGCGGGGGGCGCGGGCGAAGGGGCUGGCAGCGUGAGCAGCAGCAGCCGUAGCAGCAGCCGCGCCACCUCCGCAGGCUCGUCGCCCUCGGGCUCGUGGGCCGCCCGCGGGGCCGGGGGCCGGCGGCUGGACGGGGGCAGCCACAGCAGCCCCGGUUCGGUGGCCGCCAGCCCGUGCGGGGCCGGGGGCCGGCGGCGGGAGCCGGCCCUCGAGGGCGUGCUCAGCAAGUACACCAACCUGCUCCAGGGCUGGCAGAACAGGUACUUUAUGCUGGAUUUCGAGUCCGGGAUGCUGCAGUAUUUCGUGAAUGAACAAAGUAAGCACCAGAAGCCUCGGGGAGCCCUGUCUCUGGCCGGCGCCAUCGUGUCCCUGAGCGACGAGGCCCCCCACAUGCUGGUGGUGUACUCUGCCACUGGAGAAGUGUACAAGUUACGAGCUGCUGAUGCUAAAGAAAAGCAGUGUUGGGUGACUCAGCUCCAGAACUGUGCCAAGUACCACAUGGAAACGAAUUCGAAGAGCACUCCGAGCUCACGGAGCCGAAGCCUGACCUUGCUCCCCCAUGGAACGCCCAAUUCGGCCUCCCCCAGUAGCCAGAGACAUCUCGCCCCCGCGCCCCCCUCCGUGGUCACCGUCACCCACCACAAGUCACCUGCUGCCGCCCGAAGAUCCAAGAGUCAGUAUUCUGGCCAGCUCCACGACGUCCGAGAGAUGAUGAGCCAAGUGAAGGGCAGCAGAAAACCCUCGUACAAGCCAUUGAGGCCUUGCCGGGCUCCGGCCCCCUCACGGCCUUGGACCAAGACCUGCUACUCCUCAAAGCUACCUCGGCGGCCACCCUCAGCUGCCUCGGAGAGUGCCUGAGCCUGCUUCAGCAGAGCUUACACCAGUUUAUCACAGAAUAACUGAAUCCCCGCAUUUCAGAGUCGGAAGGGAUCUCAGUGGCCACCCCGACCAUGAUGCCUCUGUCCAGCAGGCCCGACCCGGCGGCCAGCCUUGGCUCGAAGACCUCCAGUGACGGGGAGCUCACUACCUCCCGAUGGCCAGCCUGUGCAUUCAUUCCACUUGGGGACAGCCGGGAGGGUUAGGAAAGCUUUUCCUGAACUCAUGUCUGGGUUUACUUCUUUGCACCUUUCUUAUGGCCUCUCGAUCUGCUCUCGGGGGGUGUCCAGCCAGGACGAGCCUCGGCCCCGGGAUGCCCUCUGGAGUCUUCUCCGGCAGGCCGGACAGCCCCGGUGCGGAAGGCCAGAGAACAGAUGGGGUUUUUUUAAAGUCAGUCAACAGAUAUUUUGCACCUCCUGUGUCUGACCCCAUUUUCUAUGACCGAUAACAUCUACAAGACCGUAAGAAGCCUGA